UAUCCACCCCGAGAGGUGGCCCCGACGCUGCAGCCCGCUUCUCUUCCCUCCCUCUCAACCUCCCUCCCCAGUCCCCACCUCUCCUCCAAAACCGCAGGAGCCGCUGCGGCCCCGCUUCAUUCGCUCCGGUGCCAGUCGGGGAGCGGGCGGCCCUCGCCGCAGGCACGGCCCGGGGCGGGAGCAGCCCCGCCGCCUCCCCGCCGCCCUACUGCCAUGGCCGGGGUCGCGGCCCAGCCUUGACGAUGUUGCUGGGCGCCCCGCGGGCGGGCGGCUGGGAUCGCGGCCGGGUGGGCGAAAGGCUGCAGGCGGCCCUGGCCGGCCUCCAGGAGCUCCAGGUGCUGCGGGAGAAGCAGCGGGAGCUGGUGCGGGCAGCCCUGGCCAUGCCGCAGCGGCCGGCGGCGGGCGGAGCAGAGCAGCCCCUGUCGGCUCACAGCAAGGAACACCGGCUGGAGGCCACCCUCACCGCACUGAAGGAGCAGCUGUCUCGUUUGAGGAGACAGGAUGUCGGCUUGAAAAGCCACCUGGAUCAGCUGGACCAGCGAAUAAGUGAGCUGAAAUUGGACGUCAGUAAGACCUCCAGUGAAUACUUGGAUAGUGACAGCCGGCCCAGCUCAGGCUUCUAUGACCUGAGUGAUGGUGGUUCUUGCUCACUCUCCAAUUCUUGUACCUCUGUGUACAGUGAGUCCAUCUCUUCCUCCCACACCAGUCUCUUGCCAGGCUCUCAACACCCUAAAGCAAGGCUCAGUGUGUUUGAUUACCGACCCAAGUCUGCAGAUGAAACUACUGUGCACACCACCAGCUUCCAACAGCAGGGACCCUAUGUCAGCAAUGGAUGUCAGAUAACAGCUACCACAGACGUUUCUGGGACUCCUGCCAGGUCUCGGCCGAGGCCGGUUUCCACAGGUGACUUGGAAAGACUCAUUCCAGCAGACACUAGGUUUCAGAAGGAGGCAGAUGCCAAAUCCACGUUGCCCCUGUGCCAUGCCGGAGACAUGCACUUGUUCAGCAUGGACCCCAAAUUCCAGAACGACUUGGUCUCCAAGAAUGGCAUUGAUGUGUAUCCUUACCCAAGCCCCCUACAUGCAGUGGCUUUACAAAGUCCCCUUUUCUCCCUGGUAGGGCCAUCCCCAGAAGCAGACCUCCAGGCUCCUCCCUACAAACCCAUGCCUAGCACGACAGGUCCCAGCUUGAUUAGGACUAGGCCAACUGCUGAGGCCAGGCCAGGGGGUUACAUCAAUAAAUUGCUGCAUCUGACGAGAUGCAAAGGGAACAAUCGGGCUGAUGCCAGUGAGCGGGUUUCAACAAAGAGCCAGCCAGCCACAAUGCACCAGAGACUCAUCAUAACACCCAGCACCGGUGGAGUGAAAAUUAACAGCAGCAGUAGCCAGCUGGAAAAACAAGCGGGUUCUCUGGAAAGUAACAAAGCUGAAGGGAGGCUUCAGAGAGAGGUGCCAGAGGGGGAAUGUGCCGAGCAGCAGGAGACUGUGCGCUGUGUGAAUGAAAACCAGCCAUCCGCUCACCCUGACACUGAGCCAUCAGCUGUGAAUAGUUGUUAUCCUGCCAAGUCAGCAGCAAGGGGCGCUCCUCUGGCAGAAGAGACGGAGAGCAGCGUGGAGCACAGUUCAUCCUCCUCGCAGUUGUGCCAGGAGGACUCCAGCCUGGGCACCUGGAAUGCUAAAGCGGUCCCACCCAGAAAGGUGCCCCUCAAAAGAGGUGGCAAUGCCAAAUUGGCCGACUCAGGGGGUCAUGAGCGAAUGCCACGGAGUGAGUUUGUACAUGCACAGUUCGUUCCUGCAGAAUCCCACCAAGUCCGGGUCAAGUUUGCCAGCUCCAAAACAAAGGCAGUGAAGAUAAAGAGGAGGAACAGUGAAAAGGUCCUGCGGCCUGGGAAGCAAACCUUGUAUAUGGAGAAGGCAAGAGGGUCCCAUGGGGCUGCCAGGCUGUCUGCUGAGUGGAAUCAGCCCCAAAGACCACACGGAGCGAAGAGCCUUGUGCAGAGACCUUCGUAUUCUGGUGACGUGACCGGAAGGUCGUGCUCAGAGUCGAGCCUGUUCCCUGCGCAGGUGAGGCUCCCCACCGCGCCAUCCAGGCCAGAGCUCUACAGAGCCUCUGCCAAUGCUCUGCAUUCCCUGGAAGCAGCUUGCAUAGACACAGCCAGCAAGAAGAAGCAGCGCAAGUGGCAGUCCACAGUGGAAAUCUCUGCCAAGGCCCACCUGGCCGGCCUCUCUGGUAGCUUUGGCCUGGGAGGACCAAGGCAGCCAGCGAGGAGAGCAGGUAUCCUGCGUGCUGUCAGCAUGAGGGCUCGCUCCAAGAGCCAGCGCCAUGGAGCUUACGCCAAGAGCGAGUCUGACCACUCCGAGUACUCCGCAGAGUGUGCUUCCCUCUUUCACUCCACCAUCGCAGAGACCAGCGAAGGGGAGGUCAGUGAUUUCACAACUAACCGUUUUGGGGACAGCGAGUCCAGUGACAGCGAUUCGGAUGGCAGUAGUAACAGUAGCAGUCUUGCCCUUGACUAUGAUGAGGGGGAUGAAAGUGAGCUGAUCUGGCCUGAAGGUUCGGUCAGACAACUGGGGACUGUCCAGGCCUCUUCCAAGCCUCUUCUCCCAGUGCCCAAAAUCUGUCGCAUCAAAGCUUCAAAGGCACUAAAGAAGAAGAUUAGGAGAUUCCAGCCUGCCUCUCUGAAGGUCAUGACCAUGGUUUAGGGGAGAGCAAGCAUCUGUCUCUUACAGUGAGACAUCCUGCUGGCUCUCAUUUGCAAAACAAGAGAACUCAUGUGCAGAGAAAAGGACUUGCUUAAAUGAACUGUGAAUAAUCCCUGAAUCAACACAAGGGAUCUUGUUUGUUAAUGCCUGGACAUAAAUGUCACUGUGUCUAAUUUCCUCUUUUGCCAUUUAUUCUGUAAAUAUGAAUCUGUGUAUACUGUGUGAUGCCUUUUUUUACUAUGCAGAAUGGUCACUAUGGUGAAAAUGAAAUCGACCUCUGCCAUAAGAUUUUACAGGCAGGAUGGUUUGUUGACUAUAUGCACCCACAGAAUCAGUUCCAGACACAAAGAAGACAGGCUCUUCCCAACUGGAUUUUUGGUAGCAUCCCCCCCUCUUGUGAGGAAUUCUUGGCAGUCUGAAGUCUGCAUUAGCCAUCCAACUGUCACUAUGGAAUAUGUCAUAUGUCAUAUGUCAUAUGCUCGUAUGGAAAAGCUGUCAGUGCUCUCCAUAGCUCUUUCUUUAAAAUCAACCGUCCCAUACCUUCUCCCAAACAUUAGGCACAUGAGUCUGUUCUUCUGUAAAAAAAUAUAUGUUUAAUCAAGAAGGCAAAUGUAUUUGUGAAUGAGAACAAGACUUCAGGUUUUUUCCUGCUUUCAAAACUGAAAGUAUAGGUGGUUGGUUUGGUUUUGUUUUUUUUUUUUCAAACCUCUUCUUUAUGAUGUUCCAUGUUAUUGUCCGUUUGUUGAAUGGCUGAAAGAACACAAGGGCUCAGUGCCACAGCGUGUGAAUAGCUGGGACUGAGAUUAUAUAGCCCUGACCCUGAAAUUGCAAACUUAAUAAAUACUAUUUAAUGUACUUCUGAAAA